GUCCAAUCCAAUUGACGUGGCAAGCCGGCAAGCGACACACAUCCGGCAAGAUGGCAUCUGCGGCUUACGUGGACCAUCUCAUCUCUCGCCUGAGAGCAGACGUCGACUUUCUCGAGAAGCACAAUCACCUCAGCGAGGCAGAUGCACAGACUAUCCGCACUAAACUACGAUAUGCUGGCACGAGCACAGCCUCGACUGAUCUGGCUUCAACAGCUGCGCCAAGCAUUGCCAGCCUGACCCAAGAGACCAACAACCUCGCGUUAGCAGUUCCCAGUCCUCCUGCUGCGAGCCGCUUGCCCGUCACACCGCCUGCCAGGCCCGCCUUGCCCGUCAGAUCUGACAAACCUCGCACGAAAGCGCUGUGGUCAUACACCGGCCAGACGCCCGACGAUCUCACGUUCAAUGAGGGCGACAUCAUCGAGGUCAUCAAGGUAGAGAACGAGCACUGGGAGCGCGGCACCUGUCUGCGCACUGGCCAGACCGGUCUCUAUCCUACAAACCACGUCGAACGUUUGCCGGACACAAACAGGAGCACCUCAUCUUUCAACUCGAUCCCUCCACCGCCGCCCAUGAACACGUACAACAGCUACCAACAGCAGCAACCAUAUAGCGCCCCUCCGCCUCCUGGCUGGCAAGGACAACCCAUCAAUGAAAAGUGGCAACCCAAUUAUCAGCAGCAGCAGCAGCAGCAGCAACUCCAGCCUGCGCCUCCGCAAGUCGUCGUGCAGCAGCCACCCAAGAAGCAUGGCUUCCUCUCGGGCUCGACGGGCAACACUCUCAAGCACAGCGCUGUUGGUGGCCUUGGUUUCGGUGCAGGCAGCGCUCUCGCCUCGGAGCUCGUCCAUGGUAUCUUCUAGCUUCCCUCAUCAUGUUCUGUGGAAUCACUGCAUAAUGUACAUUGUUUGACAACCAUCGAGUGUUACAUGCAACAUAAGCGCCGUGCGUUAUAU